ACAGAAAAACCUUUUUUAUGUUUAUUCUUUUAAAUAAUUAAUACUAUUUUUUCUUUCUUUUUAUUUUAUUUCAUUUAGGGAGAGCAAAGAGAGCAUAGGAAUUGGAGAUGGAAGGGGAAGGAAAAACAAAGCUCUCAUAUCUGUCAGUCUGCGCUCGCGAACAAAGAAAUUUUCUCGCGGAUUUUCUCGGUCCAAACAGUCGCUAGAAAAAAAGAAAAAAAGAAAAAAAGAAAGAAAAACUUUGAAGCUCUAGAUCUGCGUCACUGUCACAGUUUUGCCUGAAUGGCGCUUGCCUCGCUUUUUUAGCUGGAAGAUUUGCUGGAUGGUCCAGCUGAUGAAAGCAUGUGCUGUGGAUCAGAGCGGUUGAAACCUGUAUUGUCUUCUGCACUGUCUCCUAUUUCUUUUGAAGAAAGUAGACUCUCCAACGUAGCCAUGAAUCACUUGACCGUUGAAACUGAAGAUGCUUUUGCCAGUUUGCUUGAGCUUGCAGCUAACAAUGAUGUUGAGGGCUUUAGAAGAUCGAUUGAGUAUGACCCUUCUAGUGUUGAUGAGACUGGUCUAUGGUAUGGUCGCCAAAAGGGCUCGAAGCAGAUGGUUAACGAGCAGAGAACCCCGUUAAUGGUCGCUGCUACAUAUGGUAGUAUUGAUGUCAUUAAACUGAUUCUUUCUUUGUCAUCGGCCGAUGUAAAUCGACCCUGUGGUUUUGAUAGAAGCACUGCACUUCACUGUGCUGCUUCUGGUGGAGCAGUGAAUGCUGUUGAUGUUGUGAAACUACUUUUAGCAGCUGGUGCUGAUCCAAAUUCGGUUGAUGGCAAUGGUCGUCAUCCUAUUGAUGUGAUUGUUGUUCCUCAUCAUCUCCAGGAGGUGAAGCUAGCUCUUGAAGAACUUCUUAAGACCAGUGGUUCUGCUGUUGAAAGCACUCUGAUGAUUCAAACGAGGACUAUGAAUUCAAGUUCUCCUCCUUCCUCCUCAGAAAAUGGGUCUCCAUCUGCUUCAGAUUUCAUUUCUUCACCAACAAAGUUAAAGUUUAAUGAUCUACCUGUUUCUUCUAUGUCAGAGAAGAAAGAAUAUCCUAUUGAUCCAUCCCUUCCAGAUAUCAAGAACAGCAUAUACUCGACAGAUGAGUUCAGAAUGUAUUCAUUCAAGGUGCGGCCUUGUUCACGUGCUUAUUCUCAUGAUUGGACUGAGUGCCCCUUUGUCCAUCCAGGAGAAAAUGCUCGAAGAAGGGAUCCAAGGAAGUUCCACUACAGUUGUGUUCCUUGUCCUGAUUUCCGAAAAGGGGCUUGCAGACGUGGAGAUAUGUGUGAAUAUGCUCAUGGUGUAUUUGAAUGCUGGUUGCACCCAGCUCAAUAUCGUACUCGACUAUGCAAGGAUGGUACAAGCUGUGCUAGGAGAGUCUGCUUCUUUGCCCAUACACCAGAGGAACUCAGGCCAUUGUAUGUCUCUACUGGUUCUGCUGUUCCGUCGCCUCGUUCAGGCACUUCUGGUGCUGCUGCCAUGGAUUUUGCUGCAGCAAUGAGUCUCUUACCUGGCUCUCCGUCGUCAGUGUCUGUCAUGUCUCCUUCACCAUUCACACCCCCCAUGUCUCCAUCUGCUAAUGGAAUGUCGCACUCUUCUGUGGCUUGGCCACAACCAAAUGUCCCAGCUUUGCACCUACCAGGCAGCAAUCUUCAGUCUAGUCGAUUAAGAUCGUCUCUUCAUGCAAGGGACAUGCCUGCAGAUGAUUAUGAUUUACUCCCAGAUUUUGAUGUGCAGCAACAGCAGCUCUUAAACGAGUUAUCCUGCCUUUCUCAACCAUCUUUAAAUUCGAAUUCUGUGAACCGUCCUGGUCGUUUGAAAACUCUAACCCCGUCAAAUCUUGAUGAUCUCUUUUCCGCUGAGAGCUUAUCUCCUAGGUACUCUGAUCAAGGAUUGCCAUCUGCUGUUUUCUCCCCUACUCAUAAAUCUGCAGUUCUCAAUCAAUUUCAGCAGCAGCAGAGCAUGCUUUCUCCAAUCAACACGAAUUUCUCCCCGAAAAGUGUUGAUCAUCCUCUAUUGCAGGCUUCUUUCGGGGUCCCAUCCUCUGGGAGGAUGUCUCCUCGAAAUCUAGAACCUAUCUCACCAAUGAGCUCUCGGAUGUCAAUGUUAGCUCAACGAGAGAAGCAGCAACAAUUUCGAAGUCUCAGCUCUAGGGAACUAGGCUCUAACUCUGCUUCUGUUGUUGGUUCUCCUGUUAAUUCUUGGACAAAAUGGGGAUCCUCCAAUGGUAAGCCAGAUUGGGCAGUUAAUACUGAUGAACUUGGUAAGCUCCGCAGAUCAUCCUCAUUUGAGCUUGGGAACAAUGGAGAGGAGCCCGAUCUUUCAUGGGUUCAGUCACUUGUCAAGGAAUCUCCAACUGACAUGAAAGAGAAGUUAACAGCCCCUGUAUCAGGAGUUGCGGCAAAUGCAUCCUCCAGUGAGGGUUUGAACGGGAAUUCCCAAACGGAAUCAGUUGAUCAUGCUGUGCUAGGAGCGUGGCUCGAACAGAUGCAACUUGAUCAUCUUGUGGCUCAGCAAAACUGAAAACCAGUUUCAGUGAGCCCUGAGGUAGUUAACAACAGAAAGGUUUUGGUAAAUAACAUAUGCCUUUUUUCAGAUUUUUGUUGGUGGUGGAUGUGGUAAAAGAAAGUAACAGUAACAAAGAGGAAAGCAAGUGGAGAAAGAAAGUCACUCUGAAGAAGAAAAUUCGUUUUCAUAAUUCAUUAUUACGACAUAAGUUUAGAAAGAGUAAGAAUACCUCUGGGUUAUACUAAAACGAAACCCAGUCUAGGUGUCUUUUUGUUUCUAAUAUUUUCAUAUUUUUAGGUUUAUAUGAUUGUCAUUUUUUUCUUCUAUGAUGAACAACAUGUUCCAAGAAUAUGAUUAAAACUCAAAAAAAAGUUCUAUGAUUGUUCAAUCUUUUUCCUUAUUAUUCAUUGUCACCUCUGGUAAAAGAUUAGGAGGUUCAUGAUAUAUUCUCCUGAAGGGUUUAUGUUGUAUGGGGUCUGGACUUUCUUGUCCAUUUUUGGGAUUUAGAGAGGAUGUUACUUUCUAUGGCCUUUUAUGUAAUUUAGAAUUUAGUAAACUGGAAAUGCCAGUUACUUUGGGGAAAAAAAAUUGUGAUCCUUCCAUGUAACAUUCAAUUUUACUGCUAUUAAUUGGUAUUAGUAAUACCUUUAUUAUUAUUA